CGAGCAGAUUUCAGGCUAAACAUUGAUACGCCCAUUUUCUGGGCCUAACUGAUUCAGUAUGAUCCACACUAGGGCAAAAAGUAUGUGGCUAUUUGAACAAUGUCUCAAUAAUUUAUCUGAGUGCACGUUUAUCGACGCCUGCAAAGCUUGGAGCAAUAUCAGAACAAGAGCGCGGCAGUUCAGGGCAGGCGAGCGGCAGUUCAGUGCCGAUGUGAGGCAGUUCAGUGCAGGCGUGCGGCAGUUGAGUGCAGGCGAGCGGCAUUUCAGAGCAGGUGCUCGGCAGUUCAGUGCAGGAGCGCGGCAGUUCAGUGCCGAUGUGAGGCAGUUCGGUGCAGGCGGGGGGCUUUGCAGUACAGACUUAGUACAGUUGAGGGCAGGCGUACAGCAGUUCAUGGCAAGUGUUGGACAGUUCAGGACAGGCGAGCGGCAGUUCAGUGCAGGAGUGGGACAGUUCAGACCAAACGUGGAGCAGUACAGGACAUGUAUCACCACACCGCAACAGGUCACUCCACUUCACCUAGAUGAUGCUGAAGACCUCGACUUCUCGGACCACCGCCGUGUGUUCGCUGCGUGGCGCCUGAGGGCCCUGCUGCGUGCCGUGUGCGUGUUGCAUGCGUGCUCCGUGGACGCCUUCGUGGACAACAGUCACACGUUACUGCGGCUGGGGGAGCGGCUGCUGGGCCAGGGGGCGCUAGGGGCGCUGGUGGGGCCUUUCUACAGGCAGUUCGUCGCGGGGCCCGACGAGGGGGCGCUGAGGGGCGCCAGGGACGAGCUGCAGCGUAAGGGCGUCCACGUCAUGGUGGCGCCCCUGCUGGAGAGCGACGUGAGCGACAGGGGGGACGAGGAAGGCUUCGAGAAGAACUUCCGGCAGAUGCUGGGGCUCGUCGCUGCCCUGGGUGAGGGGUUGCACCCUUCUUCCCUUCCUCCCCUUGGUGGGGGAGCAGACCCUUCUUCCCCUCCCCCCCACGGUGGGGGAUCAGACCCUUCUUCCCCUCCCCCCAUCUGCCAGGCCAAAAUAACGGGACAUCUCAACCCCA